AUGAAUGAAUAAGAGAAGAUUACAACUACACUAACUAAGAAAAUCUCUGAAGAUGAAAUGAUAAAUGAAAAAGAGGUUCUUUAAUCUCUUUCUUAUAUAAACUUUAAACUUCUCAAUGUAGUAUAUUUAAUUGUAUAGCUUUAGACAUUAAUACUAUAGAAUAAAUAAGAAAACAAUGUAAUAAUUUUAUUCAAAGCAUUGUUAACUAUUUUUCAAGAUUCUGAAAAUUGGAUUCCUAAAAAUAUAAAGGAUUGGGCAACCAUCUAAAGAACUAUUGGACACACAUCAAAAUUCAUUCAAAUGUUAUAAAAUUUUAAAAAAUAUUACAUAACAGAGUGUAAAAUAUUACAAACUUAAGAAUUAUUACAAGAUGUUUUUGUAUAAAAGAUAUCAUAAAGAGCAAACAAUCUAUUAAAAAUUGUUAAAUCACUACUUAAAUAUUAUAGCAAUCCUUUUAAUUAAUCAUUGAAUGAAGAUUCUUAAUUAACUGGUAAAUUUUAGAAUGAACCUCCCUUGAGUCCAAUUAGAAUUUCAAAUCUUAUGGAGUAAGACUCAGAAAUAAUUAUGUAAGAAUUAAUCAAAAAAGAAAAAUUUAGUACAAUUUAAAAUGAGAUCAAAUAAUCAUGUCAAAUAAGUAAGAUAAGAUCAAGAAGUCCAACAACUGCCUCUUCUGGAAGUAAAAGUAGAACUAUUUAAUCAUGUUAAAAUCAUAGAUUAUCUAUCCCUAUAAGCAAUCCUAUCAGAUAACUAAGUAGUUCCCAAUAAAAAUUGAAUUUCAAUAUCAAAUCAUAAAGAAAAACAAAUAAUAAUAGAGCAUCACUAAAAUCUAGUGAAAUCUAUUUUAGAGAGAGAUCACAAACGAAUACUCAAAGUAAAUUAGAUCAAGUUGAGAAAUCACCUAUAUAAAGAAUUAAAUAGUAAAGUGCCAAGGAUUCAUUGUUUAUUAAAAAAUCAACCCUUAAAAAUGGUAAAUGA